AUGGGUCGACCCACGACCCAACCCAUGGGUUGGGCCAUGGGCUAUCCAAACGGAAUUCUCGUGGAUUUGGUAAAUAUUGUCAUGCCUCCACCAACGAGACCGCAAACAGCUCGGACAAUGAGAACAGGAACGCCAGCUGCUCGUCGCAAACGGCCCGCUCCUACGCUACGUCGACGCCAGGUUUCCCGUAUCUAA